AUGUUCGCUACAGCAUCCCUCUCCAUGAUGUCCAAGAAGGCACCUCCCAACAAGGUUAUGACAGCCUACGGUGUCUUCCUCACGGCCGCGCUGGCAGUCUACCACUUCAUCGCGAACGGCGAGUUCUCGGCAAUCCUGACACUGGCAGUCAUCUUCCAGUGUCUGGGCUUCGCCUUGCUCUGCGUGCAGGUCCUGCUGACCGGCACCUGCGCUGGCAUUUCCGCCCGAGCGCUGGCACUGGACGCUUGGGCUUUGUGCUUUCGCCUGUCGUCCACUCUGUGGUUGAAUGGCUACCUGCCCGUGGACGCCUCUGGGGACUGGGCCUACCAGGCCGUGGAUAUCGUGUCCCUCGUGUUGGUCCUGUGGCUACUGCAUUCAUUGCUUUUGGAGAAGAAGCACACGUACCAGAAAGAGCAGGAUACCUUUCCUGCAACUCCUGUCGUACUGGCCUGUCUCGUGUUGGCAAUCUUCUUUCACGCUGACAUGAACUCGCGACCGAUCUUUGACACCCUUUGGAUGGCAGGUCUGUUCAUCAGCGCCGUGGCAGUCUUGCCUCAGCUGUGGCUCAUCUCCAAGACCGGCGGCAAGGUUGAGCCGUUGACCAGCCACUACAUCGCAGCGAUGGCCAUCAGCCGGGCCUUGAGCGGUGUCUUCAUGUGGCAUGCACGCUUCGACAUCACCUGCGCUCCGUGGGUGUCUGGCUUCAACCAUGCCAUCUGGGUCCGAGACAUGCUGACUUUGAGCUCUAGCCGUGUCAAACGUGGCAGCUUUGUGGUUGACUUGCAGGCAGGCUCAGAUUUCGCAAGCUGCGGCACUAUGCUUCUCUGCAGGUCCCGUUCAUACCUCUACGUUCUCUUGACUCUCAGGCCGUUUGCGCGCUAUGCUCGCUACAUCGUCCCUCUCCAUGAUGGCCAAGAAGGCACCUCCCAACAAGGUUAUGACAGCCUACGGGUGCUGCCGGCUACUUGCUGCACCACGCUGUGCUGGGCUGUGCUGGGUCGUGGUGCCAUUGUCUUCCUCACGGCCGCGCUGGCAGUCUACCACUUCAUCGCGAACGGCGAGCGCGUCAUCUUCCAGUGUCUGGGCUUCGCCUUGCUCUGCGUGCAGGGCACCUGCGCGGGCAUCUCCGCCCGAGCGCUGGCACUGGACGCUUGGGCAUUGUGCUUUCGCCUCUCGUCCACUUUGUGGCUCCAUGGCUACUUGCCUGUGGAUGCCUCUGGGGACUGGGCCUACCAGGCCGUGGACAUCGUGUCCCUGGUCUUGGUCCUCUGGCUGCUGCACUCGCUGCUUUUGGAGAAGAAGCACACAUAUCAAGAGGAGCAGGUACUGACCUGUCUCGUGUUGGCAGCCAUCUUUCACGCUGACAUGAACGCGCGACCUAUCUUCGAUACCCUGUGGAUGGCAGGUCUAUUCAUCAGCGCCGUGGCAGUCUUGCCUCAGCUGUGGCUCAUCUCCAAGACCGGGGGCAAGGUUGAGCCCGCAACCUAG